UUACGCUGACCGAGCUCUGCAAAAUAAACUAUUAAUUACACAACAAUAUCGAUUUAUUUCCCACAGUAAACACAGUUUAUGCCGUUGCAGACGUGUGUAUCCAGUCACAAUAAAAUCAGGCAAAUCAGUAAAAGUUAUUUUCUUGUUGUGCUUAUACAGUGACAGUUUUAUUGUCAUCGCCAUUUUGUGGCUGGAUAGUGUUCGGUAUGAAGUUAUUUAUUUUCUGGUGUAACAGGAGGAACAUAGCUACACCCGGCGAUUUCAAAAAGUACACAUAGUAACCCAAAAAUUUGAUCAAUUACAAUAAUGGGACAACUAAAAUGUCCGUUUUGUUGCGACGAGGAAUUCGACUCGCACGAAGACCUCAAAUUCCACAUUCUAAGCAUUGUGGAUAAUUUGUUUUGUUCAAUUUGCGGAAAAAGGUGCGACAACUUAAUGGAUCUGGCCGAACACGUCGGUCGACAAUGUAGAGACGACGAAGAAGAGGAAGAGACCAUUCGUAUACUUGAAGUAGAAAAUGAUGAACAAGAUGAAUACAACCAGGUAUUUGACGUGGAAUCUGAAACAACUGAACCUGCAGAUAACAAUGAGAAGCCAGAUGAGGAAGUGGAGGAAACUAUUGAAAAUAUACAGUUACAUAUAAACAAUCAGACAGCUACAGUCAAUAAUAGUAUUUUGGCACAAGCUUUAUUGUCCAAUGAAGAAGAGGAAUGCCUCUAUAACUGUCAGAUGUGUGAUAUGAAUUUCAAUUCAAUUGAGGAACACUUAUCGAAGUAUCAUAAUGGAGAAGAAGUUAUUUUGCAAACUGAAGAAGACGAGGAAGAAGUUGAACAAAUGGAGGAGGAGCAACAAAUCACGUACAUUUUGCCAGAUACCUUCGUUGAAUCUUCAAACACGUCCCGCAACAAAAAUACAAUUGAAGAACAAGAAUGCCUAGAUAAAGACGGACGUCUGUAUACUAGAAAAGUAGUCAAAAUCGAUAAAUUUUGGACACAGGAAAACACCCUUGAACCGCCUCUGUGUGAAAAGUACAUCAUGGAGGAUGGCGUCGUAAAAAAAAUAACUGAUGAAGAGGCCCAGGAAAUUGACGACCCCAGCAAACUGAUGGAUGUAUUCCAGUGUAAAGGUUGCUGUUCGCAGUUCCCCACCUCUGACAAUUAUUACAAACAUAAAUGCACUGAAGAAAAAACACAAACUAAGUUUAGAUGCACUCACUGCUCGGCAAUUUUCUUGAACUACAAGUCGUUACACGUACACAUGAAGUGCCACGUGAACAAGGAUCCCACUGGAGAAGUGCGGAAAACCGUCACGGUAGGACCUUUUGUCUGCGACGUGUGCAAUACCUUAUUCCCUUCGUUCAAGUCAUUAAGACUGCAUAAACGUAUGCAUGAACCGAUAAAAUCCAAAGAACCAGAGGCGCCGGUUAACUACAGCAUAUCCGGCGAGCUCGUAAACGACACCAAAGAAAACAUUCGCGCCAUGUUCUUGUGCAACAUAUGUGAUAAAACCUACGACAAAGAAUACGAGGAGAUCCACAUGAAGUCGCACACGAAUGAUAACAAUUUCGACUGCGAAGUGUGCAACAGAAAAUUCUACACGCAGGAGAACCUGGAGAUGCACAUGAAAGCUCACAAUAACGUCAGGAAGAUAUCGUGUUCGUACUGCAAGAAAACGUUCAUCUCGAAUGAGUCGCUGAAUGAACAUGUCAAGUCCCAGUGCCAAAAACGUAGCUACGAGUGUCAGUAUUGCGGGAGGAGGUUUGCCCGUCCACACGAGAAAGUGAAACACGAGAGAAUACACACCGGAGAGAAGCCGCACGUCUGUCAAGUCUGCGGCAAAUCGUUCAGAGUGAGCUAUUGUCUGACGUUGCAUUUGAGGACGCACUCGGGUACGAGACCGUACCAGUGCCAGUUUUGCGAGAAGAGGUUCAAGUCGCAUAGUGUCUACAACCAUCAUUUGCUCACGCACUCGGACGUCAGAGCCUAUAAGUGUCCUUACUGUCCCAAGGCGUUCAAAACGACGGUCCAACUGGCUGGUCACAAGAACAGUCAUAUUAAACCGUUCGCUUGCACGGAAUGUAACAGGCCAUUCGCGUCGUUGUACGCCGUAAGAGCCCACAUGGAGACUCACAAAAGAGAAAAUAAUCUGAAGUAUGAUUGUUAUUUGUGUGGAGCUUCUUACGCUCGGUCGUUUGCUCUGCGCGACCACAUGAGGGCGCAGCACAACAAUACUGAGGAGAAACCCCCGGAAGCGCUGGGUAUUUCGGAGAACGACGAUGAGAUGCUGAUCGCGCUGGAGACUGUUGUCAGUACUGAACAGAUUAAAAUGGCCAUGAAUGAGGACGUAAAACAAGAGGCUUUAUAAUCUUAAGUUUACACAUUAUUUGACUUUUUUGUCACUGGUUUUUGUAUAUAGUCUAAGUAUGAAUUAAAAGUUUAGUUUUAA